GUUUUCAGUUUGGCACUACUAAACACUAACUAACCAAAUACUAACGAACGGCUGAUUAAAUUAGGAAGUUUUGCAAGUUUUGGACACUCAUUUAGAGACAACUUGAUUCAUUAACAACUAACUAUCGUUUGGAUAGUCAAGUGCAACAGGAAAUGUUUUAAGAAAUGCAAUGUGCUACUUAGUACUUAGAUCUUGUCAAUCAGAUUACCCGAAUCUUUGUUUACUUCCCAAAGAAUAUUUUUGAUACACCAAGUGUGUUCUGAAUUGUGUUUUUAUUACUGUAGCCUUCUUAUUCUUGAAGAAAAGGGAAUAUUUAUGUUAAGAGGUUCUUAACAGAAGAAAACAUGGUGGACACCACUCAAGAUCAAAUUGUGAUGACCCCGAAAGGGAAAACAGCCACCUCAACGACUUUGAUGAUCGAGAGGAAGAAAAUUCAAGAUCAAAGAGAUGUAAACAAUGAGAAUAUCCACGUUGCGGGUGGAGCUCAUCAGGGUAUUGUGAUAAACAAGACGACCGCCUCAGGAGUUGGCGAAGAUGUUGCGGCCGAUUUAAGUUUGGAGUUCAGGGUUUACUUAGUCAAUGCUCAGACAGGCAACCAUACAUUGGAAUCUCGCACUUUGCUCUUCUGGUUUUGUUCCAAACUUCCUGAGGUAGACCAGCCUCAUGUUGCACAGGAGUUCUUCAAGGAGUUGGUCGCUCCUCAGGAGUUCCCUAGAGAUUAUGUUGGUUUCAUAAAGAAGAUAAUGAAGCUAAUGCAACACAAGUAUCCAACCAUUCGUAAACUUGAAAUCAUUCUCAGACAACUGGAACAGGCAACAUCACUACCAACAAGGCCAUUGUCAGCAGAUGAGAGUACCCUUGGCAAGCUGGUGAUCCUAACAGAGGAGAAGGUCCUGGAAUUGAUAGAAUCUGCCUACCCCAACCCUAUCACUGCUGAGGACAUGGCUAGGGAACACAACUGGGAAGAGGAACUAGUUGUUGGCCAUCUUCUUGAAUUGCAGAAGAAGGGAUUAGUGAAAGCUAUGGAGCAUGGAGCCUACACUAGGAUUGUACAGCAUGACACAGAUGUACAGAUUGUAAAGCAGAUGCCAACCAUGGUGAAAGCAAAACAACCCACAAUAGCUAUAAUAACUGCACAAUACUGUGAGAAGCUAGCUGUUGACGCCAUGAUUGAAAACAAAGAAACAUUUGUUCGCUACACAACAGUUGGUGAAUCAAACGUUUACACUCUCGGGACCAUGGGAGCUCACCGUAUAGUUUGUACUAAACUGCCAACUGUUGGACACACUAGAGAAGCAAUGACUGCUGCAGGCAACACCACCACUAGGCUGCUAGGAACGUUUCAACAAGUGGAGUACGUGUUCCUGGUAGGGGUGGGUGGAGGGGUGCCCCAUUACACAGACUGGGGACAACAUGUUCGUCUCGGAGAUGUUGUAGUAUCACACCUAGGUCCUGAUCGCAAGUCGGUUUACACUUACUGUGAAAGUGGUAAGGAGAGAUCGGAUGGAUCCGUAGAGUUUGAUCACAAAGAUUACUGCCCUGUCAACCUCUUGUUGCAAGACAUUGCUACUCAUCUCAAACAACAGUCGGACACAGAGUGUGACAAGACUACAUGGCUGAGGUAUCUGAAGAAGGGUCAGGAGAUGUUACAGUCACAGUCGGAACAUGACUUCUGUCGUCCGCCGACUGACACUGACAAAUUGUACAUGUGUAUUGGGGAGAGAGACAUCAUAGAAGUGGCUCACCCUACGCCUGCCGACACCAUUCAGUCUGCCAGAGUGGAAGGUUUGCCGAGACUACACCUGGGUCCGAUCCUGUCAGGCCGUGCAGUGUGCAAAGACGAUUCUCUACGCCAAAUCUUCUCUCAGCGCUGCGGUGCUAAAGCCUGGGACCCAGAGUUUGACUCUGUGAUAGAAUCAGUCAUGGGUAACUGCAAGGACAGCUUUGCAGUCGUGCGAGGUAUUGCUGACUAUCGCGACGGCACACGCAAGUCUCCAUGGCAAGCUUAUGCUAGUCUCGCUGCUGCGUCAGUCGUCAAGGCUAUAAUUAGUGCAAUGGAUCCCCCAGUUUAACUUUUUUAGCUCUAGAACAAAUUUUCUUCUUCCUUUUAAAUGUAGAAGAGUAGAGUGCUCAAAUAUUGCAGAGUGUUUUCUUAUCGAGUCAACUGUAGCAAUGAUAGAGCUCUUGGAGUUUUCUUUCAACCACUUUUGUUUUGAUGAUUGAUGAUGGUCAUAAUUUCGGAUGGGCUUGAAUGAGAGUGAUAUUUAUUGUAAUUCAAAGUUUAUUAAAGGUUAACUAAGAUAAUUUAGGGUUUCAAGCAUUAUUUCGGCAUAGUAAAUUCUGGAACUUUGUUGGUUACAAUAUGUAGCUGUGGCCUUUAACAACUGUUAAGGUGCCUUUAUACAAAAAGGCCCUAAAUAUUUUCAAGUUUUUAAACUCUUAAAUACAAUAACACAAUUCCCUAACCCUUAAAAAUUGUUAGGACAAGGUCAAGAUUGAAUCAAACACACAACACUCUUAUGAUUAACCACAAUACAUGUUAAAUACUCGCACAUAAUUGGAAUCAAAGUUAAAACAAUUGACAAACUUAUAAUCUAAUGAAGCACAUUACACCAGUAGUUUUAACAUAAAAAUAAUUAAGAUAUAAACAUGACGAGAAACGUGAACACACAGCCUUAACACAUUGCCUACCAGCCGACACACUCCUCUGUAUGAGGCGUAUUGUGACCCCUGGUAGUGAAUGUGUUAAGCACCAUGAGGAUAUUCUAUCAGCCAGGUGUCUACACUGUAGCAUUUUGGACACACACCCAAAACCAUCAAGAAGAUGGUCCACAUCCAUCGACACUAUUCCCACUGCCCUACAAACCACUGAAGCUUAAUGUUGAAAACAUAUACAAUCUUCUGGAUCUGUCUGCUUUUUUGGGCAUCUUUUGGGGCAAAGUUUGGCGUGUUUGCGUAAACCAGAAACCUCCCCGGAUUAAAAAAAUGCUUUUAUUCUAUUUAAAAAUACAAAAACUAUCUAUUUAACUUGAAGUCCAUUUUAAAUAAACAUAAAGCCAUUUGAUUGAGGAUCUGUCGAUGUUUAGGUUUUGAGAUUGUUAAAACUAGUUGAAUUAUAAGCAAUUGAACUAUAGCAGAUUAUUAGAAAAUGAAAAAAAUUUAUAAUCUGCUAUGAAAUUUAUUAAAAUUUGUGAGGAGUCCUAAAGAUCAAUAGGAAUAUAUCAUACUAUAACUUGACCUUGAAUUAUGGCAACUCACCCUUUCAUUCAAGCCCACUCCUAAAUUAUUAUGCCUUAUCAUUAAAACACAAGUGAAAAAGCAAUAUCGGUUUGAAAUUUAAUAAAAAAUAACUGAAUUUGAUAGGAUGUUGAAAUUUUGACCUACUAUUGAAAACUAUAGAAUUAGUCAAAGAUUAAUAGGGAAUGACUGCGACAAAAGUUGAAUUGAAAAUUAAGUUAGGAGAAAAAAACAAGGAGUCUUCUGAUUCUGCACAUUGUGAGGAAUUUCAACUAUUCUACAAACAUGUCACUUUUGACAACCAAGAAAGCAGACGGAGCUUCAACAAAUUCCAGAAGAUUGCAAGUCUUUGAGACAAAGCUUCAGUAGCUUGUAGAGCAUGUGGCAACCAGAGUCCUGAUCCAGCAUAAAAGGUCUGGUUUUUUUACUUAACACCAUCUUCUUGAUGGAUUUGGAUGCUUGCCCAAAAUGCUGCAGUGAAGACAUCUGAUUGACGGAAUAUCCUCACGGUGCCUGAAGCCUUAUGCCCACGGUUCUAGUACCAUUUUUAAUUUAAUCAAUUUAUAUGUUUGCAUUAUUCAUGCAAAGUUCUACAUAAUAAGUUUGUUGAUGUUUUAAAUUUUAAUCAUGUUUUGUCACAGUGAUUUAAGUUUAGUUUUUUACCAAGUUUGACAAAACCUGACUUUGUGUCCUUGUACUACUUGAAAGGUAUCAGUAGUAAAAUGUUUUAUUUUUUAGUUUUUGAUAAAAUAUAAGUUUCAGUGCUUUAAUCUUGAAUCUUAUCGUUAAGAAAUAAAAGGGCUAGUAACUUGUAUAGUUUUAUUGAGUUUAUUUUGAGUGUUGAGCCAAAUACUAUGACCCGACAAUCUGAAUGUUUAGAAUUAUUAACUUAUAUAUUCAUGAAAUUCAGUUCAACUCAUCUUAAUUCCCUAACUUGCCACUUUACCCCUGCUUGGCAAUGGGGAGAGGAUCUCGUUCUUUGCAUCUGCUUUAUGCAAUAUUUUCACAUCCAUAAUUGAUUUUAGAAUUAAAUCUUAAAUUUUUCUGCUUGGUUUGAUUAAAUUAUUGUUUGUUAAGUUCAGGCAUGGGUUUGAAUCCCUUAAGCCACCUAAUACAAUGUGCAAGUGAUGCACAUAUAAAAAUACUGUAACUUUAUAAUUGAAUUUGAAAAUAUAUACUACCUUAAAAGUGUACUUGCUAUUGAAAUCCUACCUAAAUUUGAUUUCAAUAGACCCAAAAAAUCCUAAAACGCACUGUUAUUAGCAAAAUAACUGUGAUAACAUUUACGAUGUAAUAAAAACAAACAUCCUGAAAUCAAUAGCAUAUUUACCAUCCAAAUGUUAUUGCUGCAAUUGACUCAUAAUCGUCUAAAUUUUCACUAUAAUGAACAAUUUAGAAAUGAGUAGAUUCUGUAGUACAAUUAUUGUACCUUUUAUCAUAUCACACUAUAUUAGAAAUUAGAAUACUGUAAGGUUCAUAUUAACUUGUAAAGUGGAUCGUACAUUUGUUAACCCUCUAGAUUUAUAAGGUACUUCCUUUCCACAAUUGACUUUUCCGAUUCCAGAUACGUAUAAUGGUCCGACUUAAAUCUCAAAGAGACUGAGCUUUUAGAAAGUACCGAUGGGUAAUUUUGACGGAGAGUUUCUAUUAAUGUGCAGAAAUAAUUUCUAAAGCUAAUAAUUUCCAAUUAUAAUUUAGUUUGUUUUGCAUCGGUUCAUUGUUUUGAACAAUUUUAUUUUAUCCAGCUGAUAUUCAUUUUUCAUUUGUUAUUUAUUCGUUUCCACACGGCUUAGAGACACGGCUAGCCACACACUGUUAAAAGAAAAUGUCGAUAGCAAAUGUGAAGAGUUUGUCUAACUAUUCCUCUCAUGUAAUUAAACAAACUUCUACUGAAGAAGCAACCUUGGCAAUACGGUUAAGGUUUCCAUUGUGUAGCAAAUUUCUUGUUCAAAGGAAAACAUUUGUAGAAACUAUUCAUUUCCAAGGAAAUGCUGAAUAUUCUCCCAGUAUGCGCCCAGCCAGUCUAUGCAUUUCUAAAUCAAAUAAACCCUGCAAACUACUGAAAGUUUGGUUUCUAUUUUUGUCUUUUGUUCCACUAAUAUACAAACAUAUGAUAAAUGUUGUAGUACUAGUUGGUUAAGAUCUGAAAUGAAAUUGUAUUAGUUGAAUUUGAGGAGUGCCACUUAUUUAUUUGUGUUGGGGUGGUAUAUCUUGUCAUUAACAGUAAGUUACACCAGUGCCCAUCCAAUCUUAUUUCUUCUAAGAGCAUUAAAUUCACAAAGAUAAUUAAUGACAGUGUAACUUCGGUUUGACAGUGAUAAUGGCCGUGGAAACGUCAUUUUCUUCAUGUAUUUAUCCUACAAUACUUGCUUCGUAGAUUUAGUAAAGAGUAAUAUAUUAUUUUGUUAUUUAUAUUUAUUAGAGUUUAUUUUGCUAGUCGUGUAUAAGUGGUGUAGUGGAUUUGUUACCUUAUUCACAAUAAAGUUAAAUAUAAGCCAUAUUUAUCUUAUUUGCAAAGGGGAAGAAAUCCCUAUAAAACAAAAAAAAAGUUUUACCAGAAUUGGCUUAUGUUAGGUUGAUUAUAACAUCUACUUAACAACCUACUCAUAUAAAAGCUAAGUCAAAUCAGCCUUUAAUGGAAGUAAGUUAAAUACCAUAAAUUGACAUUUAGUAAAGGUAAAAUCCUAAUUUAGCUUAUUAAUCCUAAAUAGCAUAGUAAAAGUACCCUUCAAUUGUUCAUAUUCUUACUGCUUUUAAGAUUAAAUUUGUCAAACUUCAUUCCACUUAAUACUAUAGGUUUAUUUAUUGAUUUUUCUGGAAAUUAGUGAACAUAGAAAAUAGUUUCAGAUUAUUAUAUGUCAAACAAAAUAGCAUUGGUUUUGUAUUUUUAUGUGCCUACUAAUUUAAUUCAUCUUUAUGAGAUUUUCUGAGAUUUACAACUGAGAUUUGUUAGUGUAAAUUGUUGUGUACUGACAAUCUGCAUAUGUUUAAGUGAUUUGUGUUCACUUUGGUAACUGAUGUAUCUCACACCUAUACCAAAUAUUUUGAUUUAUUUUAGUUUUUAGCUUGUUUCUUUCUUUAAAAUUGUUGCUUGAAUUUGUAGCUCUAUAAAGUGCUUUUAAUCUGUUUGUGCUAUUGUCAGAUAACAUAUUUAUUUGCAGUAAGGUUGAUGAGACUUAAAAUAAACCACAAUACAUAAAUAUAAAACUAAAAUUGUUGUGUUUUUCCAUGUGAAUGUUAGGAUUUUCUUUUAAAUUAAGCUUUUUAGUCAAGACAACAUACUAACUUUUAGAUCUACACUAGUAUAAUAUUUUUUGUGGAGUAUUUGUUUUAGAGGGCUAUUAAUCAUGCUUUGGCUAUUGUGUGUGGUAAACAAAUUAAUAGGAUCGGGACCAAUGGUGGGAUGUAUGUUUUCCUUUUAAGUAAAUAGUGAUUUUAACUUGUGCCUAACAUAAUUGCUCACUUUAACAUAACACCGAUUAUUAUGAGUAUUUGUGUCUUUAGAUGUCACAACCUUUGGGUCUUGAAACAGUAUUAUUAAAUGUUUGGAAAUGGUUAAAAAUAGUAGAUGUACUCCAUUAUUGGCUUUUACAUGUGUUUUCCAAGAAAGAAUGACUCCACAAAAACAAUAUUGUAGUCACCUGAAGCACGUAAAGUGGUAGUUUCAAGGCUAAGGUAUGUAGUAAUUGCUAAGUGAUACGGAUUGUCCAUGACAUUACCUUGUGGUUCCUCAAUGUUUCGUAGUCAAAUUAACAACUUACUAGUAAGUAGACUUGUACCUUGUACACCAUAUAUAAUAUGUAGGGAAAAUGUUAUUUAAAUCACUUAUUAAAUAGAUUCACUUGAGUAAAAAAUUGCUUAUUUGAAUAAACCAAAAUAGGUGUAGACUAUUUAUGCUUAACCUAUGUAUUUUUAAAAAGAGGAUUUUAUUUUAAAGAGAUUGUUAGUUGUAUUUUAUUAAAAGAAUAUUUUUUAAUGCAAAUGCCACCAACUUCUUUGGCAUUAUUUUAAUAUUACCAUAAUACAUGAAUUUAAUAUGCAAGACAUUUUGAGUUUCAAAUUUCUAUUUCUUCUGUGAAAUAUUUGUGAUACAUUCUGUUACAUUCUAUUAAAAUAAUUCUGUUUCAUAUCAAAUAUACAAUCUAUAACCUCCCAAUGUUAGAGAAUACUUGCAUUGCAUUGUGGUAAUUGUUUUGAGUUUGGUAAUAUCAAAUGGAGGAAUUUACUUGAGACUAAAACAACAUACUGUAUUCUUAAUUUGGAUGACUUAAUUACGUUUCAAUAGUAUCUAUUGUAUUUGUUACAUUAUUUUAACAAUUGUGUAAAAAUGUCAAAACUGACAUAAGUGAUUUGUGGUGCAUUCAAGUCUUCUGUUCCGAAUGGAUUUUACUUAUAUACAUUAUUUUUCAUGUGUUAAUAAAUUUUUAUUAUUGCUA